AUCUUGUAUAUAAAUAAAUAUAUUCCAUGAAUAUUUAGUAUUUUUCUCCUUCGAGAUCAACACUGCUCUGCUCAGUUUUCAAAUUCAGCACCAAAAUUAAAAAAAUAAUUUUCUGAUCCCUAAUUUCUUCUUCUCUGCUAAAAACUAAAAACCCUAUAGGGUCAAUUAUAGAACCCUAGAUUCAUUCAUCCCCUUGUUUGUUUCUUACAAAGUUGCAAUUUUUCUCGGGACCCAUUUUUUUUGAUUCACUGUCGUAUAAUCCAAUUUCACUUCAAUUUUCUAAAAUUCACACUUUUUGAUUCGAUUUUGAUCUUCUUCUUCCACUGUGAUAUUAUACAUAAUUUUGCAUAGAAUUUUCAAUUUUUCUUGUUGAGUUGAAACUUAGUGUGGCAUUGCUAUAGUGCAAUUUCAUCAAUAGUAGGUGAAUUUGAUUUGAUUUCAUGAUAUUGUAAUUGUUAGGGUAUUCUUUAAGUUUAGGGGAAAUUGGUGAAGUGGGUUUUAUGUUUUGUGAGAAUUUGAAAAGAUGAAGUUUUUGAUGAGAGGGUGUAAAGGGCAAUGAGAGGAAGGUAUGAUCGUGAGGUUUUAGAGAGAAGAUGAGUGGUGGGUCAUUGGGUAUUCGUUCUGGUAGUUAUGGAUCUUUAGAGAAACAAUUACAGAAUGGUUUGUCACCUAUUCAAUCUGCAAGGAAGCCUUCUAAGAUGCUUAAAGAGAAAGAGAAGUUGUUUCAUUGGAUCUGUAAAUUUGCUGGUCGUAAGAAGGUUGGAAUGCUGUUUCUUUGUGUUAUCUCUGCUGCUGUUUUCAUCUGGGUUUUGUACGUUGGAAAAGGUGAAGAUUCACAGGAGGGGAACGGUGUGCAAAACAUUAGUGUGAAUGAUAGUAUGUCUAUAAACAAUUCUCCAGCUAUGAUCUCCACGGCAACGAUUGUUGAUUUGGCUACAAACUUGGUUCUACCCCCUUCUCCCCCAAGUUAUUUUCUGGGUUAUAAUCUUCCUCCGGGGCAUCCGUGUAAUAGUUUUACACUCCCUCCACCACCAGCAGAUAAAAAGCGUACUGGGCCACGACCAUGUCCCGUAUGUUACCUUCCUGUGGAUGAAGCCAUUGGGCUCAUGCCAAAGUUUCCCUCUCCAUCUCCGGUGCUUAAGAAUUUAACAUUUACUUACGAGGAAAAGGAAAAACUAAGCAGAGAUGGAGAAUUUGGUGGUUCGGACUUUGGUGGAUAUCCCACUCUGAGGCAAAGAAACGAUUCUUUUGAUAUACGGGAGUCAAUGUGUGUGCAUUGUGGAUUUGUUAGAGGAAUUAAACCUGGCCGCAACACAGGAUUUGACAUAGAUGAAGACGACCUCCUUGAUAUGGAGCAAUGCCAGGGCAUAGUUGUUGCAUCAGCUGUAUUUGGAAAUUUUGAUGAGGUAAAUGAGCCAAAAAACAUAAGCGAGCAUUCAAAGCAGACUGUGUGCUUCCUUAUGUUUGUAGACGAAGAAACAGAAAAAUAUCUGAGGAGUUCUGGCAGGCUGGGAACCAGCAAGAAGAUUGGUUUAUGGAGAAUUAUUGUCGCUCAUAAUCUUCCUUAUACUGAUGCAAGACGUACAGGGAAGAUUCCAAAGCUUCUAUUGCACAGAAUGGCUCCAAAUGCCCGCUACUCUAUAUGGCUUGAUGGAAAGCUUGAGCUUGUUGUUGAUCCAUAUCAGAUCCUUGAAAGGUUUCUGUGGAGGAACAAUGCAACUUUUGCAAUAUCCAAACAUUAUAGACGCUUUGAUGUAUUUGUUGAGGCCGAGGCAAAUAAAGCUGCAGCAAAGUAUGAUAAUGCCUCUAUUGACUUUCAGAUUGAGUUUUAUAAGAAGGAGGGACUGACUCCGUACACGGAGGCCAAAUUUCCUCUUAUAAGUGACGUUCCUGAAGGAUGUGUAAUAAUACGCGAGCAUGUUCCUAUUAGCAACCUCUUCACCUGUCUUUGGUUCAAUGAAGUUGACCGAUUUACUUCUAGGGACCAGAUUAGUUUUUCAACUGUCCGGGACAAAUUUUUGUCGAAGGUGGAUUUUCAUUUUAACAUGUUCUUGGAUUGUGAAAGGCGCAACUUUGUAGUUCAGAAAUACCAUAGGGGUGUAUUGGAGCACCUAGCUGCACCAGUGGUUGCUCUCGAUCCGCCACCACCUCCCCCUCCUCCAUUGCCUAUGCUUGAAACUACACCAGACAAAGUUGUUAUUCCAACAGCUAAGAGAGGCUCAGGAAGACGUGGAAGAGAUAGAAGACCGGGUUCUAGGCGGCACCGCAAAGUUGUGGCUGGAAAUAGAGACGUUGAAGCAAAUUAAAAGUUUUGGUUUGGGUGAUUAUAUCAUAAUUUUUUUGUUGUUUUUCUUUCGGCAUUCUACCUACGAAAAUGAUUCAUUGCAGAGCUGAGGGUAAAUGUGGAACUAGAAGAUGAAUGUUGUACGGUUUCCACUUUCCACAAGGACACUCUCAUUCUUUUUACUUUGUGCAAUUGUCCAUCUUUGUUGAUUUUUUUGUUGUAUAUAUAUAUAAAGUAAAAUUUUCAAUAAUUAUGGUAAUGGUUGCUACCUGUGGCCAAAAAUUCUAAGCAUACGGUAACUCAUUUUGGUGUUCCAUUAUUACAAGGAAAAAUAUAGAUGCUUGCAAUUUCACUGCAUUAUUAUAA